AUGUCAGAAGACGAUGAUAAACAUAGCAAAGUUAUCACAAAUACGAUCAGUGAUAAUAACAAUGAUGCUACUGAUCAAUUUAUCGAUAUGCAACUUGGAAAAAUUCGUUGUGGUGCAAAUAUCGCAUACGUUACGGUUGGUAUAAUUUUCCGUGAACGUAAUGAUGGUAAUUUGGAAUUACUCCUAACGCAAGAAGCAAAACGACAAUGUUUGGGAAAAUGGUAUAUUCCGGCUGGACGCGUUGAACCGGGUGAAACAAUAUUGGAAGGUGUUGUUCGAGAGGUAUUAGAGGAAACCGGUUAUAAAUGUGAGCCGGAAGAAUUAUUAAGUGUACAAGUGCAGGGUUCAGGAUGGUAUCGAUUUUCAUUUUAUUGCAAUAUUAUCGGUGGCGAGCGUAAAGUAAUCGCUGAUAUUGAAUCAUUGGGCGCUAAUUGGUUUCCAGUGGAUGAAAUUAAGUCGAAAAAGAUAGAUUUAAGGUAA